AUGGAUAAACCAGAGACCUCCUUUGAACACGUGGACGACAUUCCCCCCGACAGCAUUUUAUUGAAUGCAUCAGAGCAAACCAAACUACGACGCAAGAUCGACAUACGGGUCACCUGCGUCCUGGGUGUGCUAUACAUGCUCAGCCAAGUUGACAAAAACAACCUUGGCAAUGCCAACAUAGCCGGAAUGGGAACGGACCUGAAGUUGGAUGGUACACGUUAUUCGAUGAUAGUCUUGUUCAUGUUUAUCACAUAUGUCAGCUUCCAGCCAGUGGCCGUGAUCCUACUUCGCAAGAUGGGUGCUAGGUCCUAUUUCACGUCCAUUGCCUUGCUCUGGGGGACAACAGAGAUUUGUUUAGGGUUUGUUCGGCAUUGGUAUGACUUGGUUCCCCUUCGUCUGCUGCUGGGAUUAUUCGAGGCUGGCGUAUUUCCUGGGUCUCUGUACAUGAUGACCUGUUGGUACCCUCGGUAUGAGCUCCAGCAGCGCGUGGCUCUAUUUUACUUCAUUGGUACCCUUGCCUCUGCGUUUACGGGUAUUCUAUCCUACGCAUUCUCUCAACUCGCUGGGCACGGAUCCGGACCAUCUUGGUGGACGUCGGAGACUGAUGAAGGCGGAAUCGCUGGUUGGCGUUGGAUCUUUAUCAUGUUUGGUAUUAUUACUUGUGUAGCGACCAUGAUAUGUUCGCCUUUUGUGGUGGACUUCCCAGAAGUCGUGCUCGAGCACGGCGUGCCAAAAUGUACAGCGGAUUUGAAGGUCUGGGCUCAUGCGGCCAUUUUCUGUCUUACAACCACGACAAAUUAUGCUGUCAUCUAUUUCCUUCCCAUCAUUCUACGUGAGGGUUUGGGGUUCUCAUUGGUGGCAUCACAGUGCUUGACCGCUCCACCAUAUAUUCUGGCAUGUCUGUGGAUGGUCCUCUUGGGCUGGAUGUCGGACAGGCUACGCAUCCGAUCGCCCUUUGUGAUUUUCAACUGCUCAUGUUCUAUCAUUGGACUAUGCCUCCUCGGCUUCACAUCCCAUACAGCAAGUCGACUUGUGGGUGCUUUCAUUGUAACUGCGUCGGGCUCGUCUAACCUACCAUCCACCCUUUCUUGGCAAUCCAACAAUGUCCGAGGUCAGUGGAAGCGAGCGAUGACAUCUGCAUUGAGUGUUGGUGCUGGCGGGGUUGGAGGUAUCAUUGGUGGCACUGUCUUUCGCACUGGGGAUGCCCCUGAUUAUCAGCCAGGUAUAAUUGCGACUAUACUAGCAAAUGGUCUCAUUAUUACCAUCAGUUUGCUUCUGGUCUUGAAGUAUCAUCGGGCAAACAAGAGGGUGGAGGGUGGAGGGAAGCCUAUUGAGGGUCUACCAUCGUUCCGAUACACCCUCUAA